GAAAAGAUAAGUGCUUUUUGGGGGUCUUUGUGAUUUCACAGCUAAAUCGGUUGAAGAAACCCUUUCGGUGAAUGUAUCUACAGCACAGGCCCCUGAGUAUGUGUAGGGAUUUAUUUUGGAGUGGACUGUGAUUGAAGAAGUGUGACGUGUUUUAUUUUGUAUGAUUUCGUUUCACCCCAUUCCCGAAAUGUUAAUUGUUUUAUUUCUUAUUCAAUAAACCAUCCAGCUAGUGGCGGUAAUGCACAUUCAACUCCAACCGCCGUGAAACCCCAUCGAAGAAGAACAAGACAACCAGAUACAUUGUGUCAGUAACAACAGUUAAGGCUCACAUACGAGUAGGGGAUCUAGCUACCGUAGCUAGAGAAAACGAAACCCACCCGAUUAGUCUUUGACAGGAACAGCAAUGGUCAAGAUCACUUUCCUGUCCGUCGCGGGUCAGAAAUUCGAGAAGGAGGAGAAUGAUGGCGAAAAGACCGAAAUUCUCAUAACCCAUCCGAUGGAGGAUGAUGAGGAGCUGGUUCUGCCUCUGCGCUCCCAGAGGUCUCCUCUGAACGGCCUAUGUUGCCUGACCUCUGGCCUGGUGGUCUUCAUGUCUGGCCUGGUGUUGGCCUCCAUCUAUGUCUAUCGCUACUACUUCAUACCCCAGAUCCCAGAGGAGAGUCUGUUCCACUGCAGGGUUCGUUAUGAGGACUCUGUGUACGCCCCUCUGAGAGGCAGACAGGAGCUGGAGGAGAACGUGGGCAUCUACCUGGAAGACAACUAUGAGCAGAUCAGCGUGCCUGUGCCCCAUUUUGGAGGAAGUGACCCUGCUGACAUCAUCCACGACUUUCACAGGGGACUGACAGCCUACCAUGACAUCGCUUUGGACAAAUGCUAUGUCAUCGAGCUCAAUACCACCAUCGUCAUGCCCCCACGGAACCUCUGGGAACUGCUGGUCAAUGUUAAGAAGGGGACGUACCUUCCCCAGACCUACAUUAUCCAGGAGGAGAUGGUUGUGACGGGGAAGGUUCAUAACAUGCGCCAGCUGGGGCCCUUCAUCUACCGCCUGUGUAACGGCAAGGACACAUACCGCCUGAAGCGCCACGCCCGCAGACGCAUCAACAAACGGGAAGUGGCGAACUGCCAUCGCAUCCGCCACUUUGAGAACACGUUUGUGGUUGAGACGGUCAUCUGUGAUGGAGCGUAAACUGUCAUGAAUGUCGGGCACGACACCCUAAGGCACAGCCACCUCUCUAGCCACUGUAGCGCAUCCCUGUGUAGAUAUUUUGAAUUACGUUUCAGCUGCACUUUAACUAUGGUUUUGUUCCUUUGUUGAUAUGUUUUACUGUCUCUUUAAAAUAUAAAAAACACGGUUAAUUUUUGUAAUUGUCAGUAGUGAUGUUUUCCUUGUGUUUCCUGGCUGCAAUAAUACAUGUUUUUCUCUGUGAUUUACCUUGGAUGAAGUAGUUUCAUGUAGCAGAACCCCUAAGCCUAUUAUGACGGGGGGGGAACUGUGUGACGCCUCGGUUGUCUGGGAAGACAACCAUUUCCAUGUGUUGUCAAUGUGAGUGUAAUUGAUUUCCCUGCUCUUGAAAUUACUGUUCGUCCCUGUUAGUUUUGUAAUAGGACCCUGUGCUAAGGCAAGAAAUCCUGUUCCUCAGCAAACACCCGACCUAAUGUUGUGCAGCAUCGCUUUCUCUUGAUCUUUGUCUCAGUGUUUGUCACUGCACCCCUCUUGCUUCUCUCUUUCACCUGGUCUGUCUUCUUCUUUAGCUCAGUCACCCUACCAGACUAAAGUUUUUUUUUUUUUAAAUGUGAAUGUCAGUUUAAGGACCAGUGUCCCUACAAAGUGAGGUAGACAAAUUAGCCAUUAUUAGUCUGCAUGUUUGCACCUGCAUUGUAAGUAAAGUCUAGAAUCAUGUACAUGACAUACUUGCUCUUCACUUACUGUGUGCAGUUAUAUGUAAUAUUAUACCAGAUUAUUUCUAUCCAAGCUGCCCUUGCCCCUGUGAAAGCAUAAAAGAAAGUUGCUCCCCCCUUUUCCAUAUGAAAGCAUCAAAGAAAGUUGCUUCCACCAUUUUAAUGCCCCUCUUAUCACCUCUUCAUUAUUUGGUCUUUCUUUCUGGGGAGGUUGAGCCUCUCCCACUUAAUUUGCACUCUUUAUCGAUGCUUCUGUGAGUCAUUCUUGUAGAAUUCUGUCUUGAUUUUCCCCCUCUGCAUGUGUGUUUUCUCUGUAAGGAAAAACUGCGCUGUUAGAAUCUUUUAUAAGAGCAUGUUUAAAGCCUUGGUCCAGAGUCAGAGACUGGACUAAAGUAUUUACUGCUGUAAGGGAGCUUAUAUCUGUUAAUCUAUACCUUAGACUGGUCUGUAUAUUUUGUCUGCGGGUGAAGUCUUCUCUGUGAAUAAAAUAGUUAAACACC